AUGGAGGAGAGUCACCUCGACGAGGAAGGGGGAUUGAUAAGCGACGGAGAAUAUAGUGGUACUGGAGAGUCUAGUGGCGACGACGACGAUCUCCAACGUCUCCUUCCGUCGGAAAACGUUGGUGCUGAGAAGCCGGUUACACACCUUACCAGGAGCCGGCGGAGGCAAUGGAUACUCCCGACACUCAUAGCGGUUUCAUCCAUUGUGAUAUUUGCUCUAUCUUGGAUAUUACUACCAUCUAUUUGUCCUGCGAAUAAGCAAGCGGACUCGGUCCAGGGAGCCGAGCACGAUGUACCCUCACGGCGGCCUGGCGAGGAUUACAUACUCGACUCUGGUUGGGAUUUUGGAGCCCCUAACCAGGUCCGAUCUCAUAACUGGACUAUCGUCGACAAGGAUGGCAACCCGGACGGCGUAUUCAAGCCAAUGAUGAUGAUUAACGGCCAGUUUCCAGGACCCUUGAUAGAAGUUAACGAAGGUGACGUUAUCGUGGUGGAUGUGCUGAACCAAGCGGUCAACGCCACUGCUCUACACUGGCAUGGCAUCUUCCAGAACAGAACGAACUGGAUGGAUGGCGCAGCAGGUGUUACGCAAUGCCCCAUCACUCCGGGAGGAUCGUUCCGGUACAAGUUCAAUGUCACUGGCCAAAGCGGUACAUACUUCUAUCACGGUCAUCAGGGUGUACAAGCCCUCGACGGCCUUGUCGGCCCACUCGUGGUCCACAGUCGAGGCGAGGCAGACGCGCAGCCUAUCCCCUAUUCAUCAGACAGAGUGAUCCUGCUCCAGGACUGGUACUACGACGCAGCAAUUGGGCUCAUGCGAGACGUACUAUCUCCGGGUGUCGAGGACGCCCCUAUACCCAAUACAGCGCUGAUUAACGGCUUGAACCAAGCCCGCUGCUCUGAUCACCCCAGUCGGAAGUGUUCCACGCCUCAGGAGACAUCUCCUCCAAGCUUGGGUCUUACUCAUGGCGGGAGCCAUAGGCUACGCUUCUUGAAUGUUGGGGGCUAUGCUUGGUUUCAAGUCGGUGUAGAUGAACAUGCUUCCCUGCCUGUCAUCGAGGUCGAUGGCACGACUGUCGAGCCUGCUCCGGCGUCGGCUCUCCUCAUCUCCCCGGGUCAGCGGUACAGCGUAGUCUUGACUUCCGAUCGAUCCGAUAAGGAGGCCUUCUGGCUUCGUGCUAGAAUGGUGACCGCCUGUUUUGCAGAGCAAAAACUCCCUGAGAAUGGUAUCGAGGAGGCAAAAGUCGUUGUUCGCUACACACACGCAGACAACGAGGCUCGACAUGAGAACGACGACGAUGGGACCAUCCUACUGCCAGAUACUACUUCGAACCUUGAGUUCAUCUCCAUAUGCAAAGACAUGAGCUCAACAACGACGUUCACUCCGUCUCCUCCCCAGCCCGCACCGGGAUCGGCCGACCACUCGUGGUAUCUGCGGGUCAACCUGGCGAUCGGCGACUGGCGGCUACAGCGCGGCGUGCUGAACUCGUCCUCCUUCCGGCCGAACCUCAAGUCCCCCACCUUACACCGCGUCCUCGACGGCCUAGCCCAGAACAACGAAACCUUCAUCCGCGAAGGCGUCAACGCCGCCGCGUUCGAUCCCGUCUCCGAGCUCGUCAUCUCCCACAACGCCGUCGAGACCGUCGACGUAGUCCUGCAGAACAUGGACGAGAAUAGCCACCCGUUCCAUCUGCACGGCACGCAGAUGUGGGUACUGGGCGCCGGACACGGGUACUUCCCGGGCUACGAGGCACUAGGGCUCCAGCCGGAGGGUAAGGGCCUGCUCGAUCCUGCGAACUCGAGCAUUAUUAAUAACCCCCUGAAGAGGGACACGGUUACAGUUGAGGGCUUCGGGUGGGCCCUGCUGCGGUUCGUGGCCGAUAACCCCGGCGUAUGGCUGUUUCACUGCCAUAUGAUCUGGCACUCUGAGGCGGGUAUGGGCAUGCAAUUCGUCUCGAGAUUGGAUGCUAUGCGCGGGUGGACACUGCCGGAUGAGGCGCGCGAGCUGUGCGAUGCGACUGAGGACGAGCUUCGGAAGGGGGCUCCGCCUGGGGACGAGGUGAUUUUCGGGUUUGGGGAUGAUGAGGGGUGA